GAGGUGAAUGGUGGAAGACAGACAGGCAGUUAAUGUGAUUCUCCUCCCAGGGUCCCAGCCCAGUUGCCGCCGUAUAAAAGGCAUCCCACCUCCCCUCCCCGCUCACUCCCUGCUCUCAGCCGGCAGCUCUAGGCAAGUGUGGGGAGCGGAGCAGCAGGAAUAUCAGUGAGGAGAGAAGAGCGCAGGGGGAAGGAUCAUGGCAACCCUUGUGGAAGCAGCACCCGACAUGGAGCCAACAAACAGCAUCCCCAACCCUGCAGCCUCCCCCAGCCUCUCGCACAGGUUCCUGGACAGUAAAUUCUACCUGCUCGUGGUUAUUGGGGAGACAGUGACCGAGGAGCACGUGAGAUGCGCCCUGACCAACAUAGAGAGAGGAAUCCGAUCAUGGGACACAGAUCUAAUUCAGUGCAACUUGGAUCAAGAGCUUAAGCUUUUCGUUUCACGCCACUCGGCCAGAUUUUCUCCUGAAGUUAGAGGACAAAAAAUCCUUCACCAUAGGAGCGAUGUAUUAGAAACAGUAGUUUUAAUCAACCCGUCAGAGGAAGCCGUCAGUACUGAGGUACGACUGAUGAUUGCCGAUGCUGCUCGACACAAGCUUCUGGUGUUGACUGGGCAAUGCUUUGAAAAUACAGGCGAACUUAUUCUCCAAUCAGGAUCUUUUUCUUUCCAGAACUUUAUUGAGAUAUUUACAGAUCAGGAGAUUGGUGAACUGCUCAGUACAACACACCCUGGGAAUAAAGCAAGCUUGACUCUCUUUUGUCCUGAAGAAGGAUAUUGGAAGAAUUCUAAUCUAGAGAGGCACAACCUUCAAGAUUUCAUCAACAUUAAACUUAAUUCAGCUUCAAUUUUGCCUGAAAUGGAAGGAUUAUCAGAGUUUACAGAAUAUCUGUCUGAAUCUGUAGAAAUGCCUUCACCUUUUGAUAUUUUAGAACCCCCAACCUCCGGAGGCUUCCUGAAGCUCUCAAAACCUUGUUGCUAUAUUUUUCCAGGGGGUAGGGGUGAUUCUGCCUUAUUUGCUGUUAAUGGCUUCAAUAUGCUUGUUAAUGGCGGAUCUGACAGAAAGUCUUGCUUCUGGAAACUUAUCAGGCAUCUAGACAGAGUAGACUCAAUUUUACUUACUCACAUUGGUGAUGACAACCUGCCUGGUAUCAAUAGUAUGCUGCAAAGGAAAAUGGCAGAGCUGGAAGAAGAGCAGUCUCAAGGUUCAACUGCAAAUAGCGACUGGUUAAAAAACCUCAUAUCUCCAGAUCUUGGAGUAGUGUUUUUAAAUGUACCAGACAAUUUAAAAAAUCCAGAACCAAACUUUAAAGUAAGAAGAAGUUUGGAAGAAGCAUGUUUUACACUUCAGUAUUUGAAUAAACUGUCAAUGAAACCAGAACCUCUUUUCAGAAGUGUAGGAAACACAAUCGAUCCCAUUAUUUUAUUCCAAAAAAUGGGUGUGGGGAAACUUGAGAUGUAUGUGUUAAACCCUGUGAAAGGUAGCAAAGAAAUGCAAUAUUUUAUGCAGCAGUGGUCAGGUAACAAUAAAGAGAAAACUGGCUUGAUUCUCCCUAAUGGACAAGAAGUUGAAAUACCUGUUAAUUAUUUAACCUCCAUUUCAUCUCUGAUUGUAUGGCACCCAGCAAAUCCUUCAGAAAAAAUUGUGAGGGUUCUGUUUCCAGGGAACACAACUCAAUACCAAAUACUUGAGGGUCUAGAAAAACUCAAGCAUCUAGAUUUUCUGAAGCAGCCUGUUAUCACUCAGAAAGAUUUGAGUGAUAAUGUCUCAAGCCCUGCAGUAAAACAAGCAAAGAUUAAGCAGAGAGCAGAAAGCAAAGAGAGUUUAAAAAUAUCCACAAAAACUUCCACUAAGCCAGUUAGAAAAGAAUCUAAAGAAGAGUCAGCAGAAGCAGUUAAGAGUAGCGAUACUGAGCAGAGCCAAAAAGCAGAGAAUAAAGAUAAAGUUCCUGUGAAGAAAACUGAUACUAAAGAUUUGUCUGAAGCAAACAAAGAGCCCAUAAUUAAACAAGACCAUGUAGAAAAACAAAAAAUUGAUGUUAAACCUAAAGUUGUUAAAGAAAAAUCAGUGAAGAAAGAAGUAAAGUCAAAAUCUGAAGAUGAUAAAGGCAGGAAAGACCCAGUUAAAAAGGAAGAAAAGCUUGUUGUCAAAAAAGAAGACAAGCUGAAAAAAGAAGUAAAAAAAGAAUCAAAGAAAGAGGAGAAAAAAGACUUGAAGAAAGAUGUAAAGAAAGAGACACCUCAAAAAGAAGUAAAGAAGGAAUCAAAAAAAGAGGAGAAAAGGGAAGAAAAAGAGUCAAAGAAAGACGUUAAGAAGCCCUUGAAAGAGGCAAAAAAAGUGCCUGCUCCUUCUGCUGAUAGUAAGAAGACUGCUGUGAAAAAAGUACAAAAGAAGGAAGAUGUGACAAAGAAAGAAACUGCAACCCUAGGCAAAACAAAGGAUAAGGUGAAAGUAGUUAAGAAAGAAACCAAGGUCUCUGAGAAAAAGCCAGUGUCUGUUUCUGGGGCAGUUGCCACUGCAGCAACUGUAUCUGCAGCUGCUGCUGUUGCUGCAGCAGCUGCCAUUCCUGCCUCAGUGGAACCCACUAAGAAUGCAGCAGACCUCAUGGCAGAAAGAUCCUUAAUGUCUUCACCAGAAGAUUUAACAAAAGAUUUUGAAGAACUGCGAGAUGAAGAGAGUCUAUUGAAUACAGAGUUGAAAUCCCAGGUGCAGGAACCUAAUGAUGAAGCUAGUAUUGUACAUAUUGAGUCUUAUGCCAUAAAGAAAGAUCACACUAGCAGUGAGGAACCUUCUGAUUCUCCAGAUGAAGGUAUUACUACUACAGAAGGUGAGGGAGAGUGUGAACAAACCCCAGAAGAACUUGAAGUGGUAGAAAAACACAGAACAGAUGAAAAUGAAAAGUUUGAGGAUGAAGGAACUGGUCUUGAGGAGUCAUCAGAGGCAGGUGACUUUGAAGAAAAAGCAGAAACAGAAGAAGUUGAAGAGCAAGUGGAAGACUUGGUGGAAAGGACAUCACUAGAAGACCAACCAGCUACUGCUGAAGAAGAUGGAACUGAAGAAGAACUUGACACUGAUGCCUAUGAGAGCAGAAAAGAGAAACAUGACAGUCAUGAAGACAUUGCUGAUAUUGUGGCUGCAGAUGAACAAGCUGAAGAGGAUAUUAAUGAAAGUGCAGAAAAAGGAGAAGUUGACGAGACAGAAGAGGAAGUGGAUGAGGAUAAAACAGAUGAUAACAAGGAUUAUGAACAAGACACUGAGAAGUAUGAUGCAGAGGGGGGUUACACUACAGCUGUCAAAGAAAAAUCUUGGUUCAUAAGUGACAGCGAUGAUAAAUAUGUAUUGCCUGCUACACAAUCCAAGACAUCCGAACCCCAGUCACCUGCUGUAGAGCCAGGUGCUUCAAUUCAUGAUGAAACUUUGCCAGGUGGUUCUGAAAGUGAGGCAACUGUUUCUGAUGAAGAAAAUAGAGAAGAUCAACCAGAAGAAUUUACUGCUACUUCAGGCUUUACUCACUCUACCAUUGAAAUAUCCAGUGAACCCACUCCAAUGGAUGAUAUGUCUACUCCUAGAGAUGUGAUGAGUGAUGAAACCAAUAAUGAGGAAAGUGAAUCUCCUUCUCAAGAAUAUGUGAACAUUACCAAGUAUGAAGCUAACCUCUAUUCCCAAGAGUAUGAGAGAACUAGAAUUUCACCACUGCCUGAUGCUUUAAAUGGUUUAUCUGAUGUAUCAAAAACAGAUGCAACAGAAGGUCUAGAAUACAAUGCUUCAGCAUCUACACUCUCACCUCCAUCAUCAUUAGAAGAAGACAAAUUCUGCAAAUCAUCUCUGCGUGAAGCAUACACUUAUGGGGGCAGUGGAAUAAUAGGGUCUACAAAACUAGAAAUAAAUGAGGACUUUGAGCUGGAUGAACAGCAUAGCCCCAGUAAGAGCCCAAUUCCACCUUCACCAAUAUCUAAAACCCCAUUAAGUGAACGUAGUGUUAACUUUGACUUGACACCUAAUGAAAUAAAAGCAUCUGAACAUGGUGUUCUCCCACCUUUGCCAGAUGAAACUCAUGUGGUAAACGAUCAAUGUGCUAGCCCUGAAGAUAAAACUGUGGAAGUUACAUCUCCAUCACAAUCUGUGGCAGGAAGUGCGGGCCAUACACCAUUUCAUCAGUCCCCAACUGAUGAGAAGUCCACAAAUCUUGCCCAAGAAACAGUACAAAGGACAUCAGUUCCUGUAAUAUUUGAGAUCUGUGAUACAAAAGAAGAGAAUGAUAGUCCUUGCAUAAGUCCAAUGGAUGAGCCAGUACCAGACUCUGAAUACCCAAUAGAGAAAGUUUUAUCACCAUUACGUAGCCCUCCAUUAAUAGGAUCAGAAACCUCUUAUGAAAUGUUAUUUAUAGCUAAUGUAGACACAUCUGCUAAACAUGACUUUGAAACAGUUGCUGAUGAUGAAAAAUCACCUACUCAGGUUAGUCCAGUAUCUGAAAUGGUAUCAAGUGGUAUCAGCCAAGAACAGGACAAAAAGAGUCCUGAGCUCUCACCAAGUAAAGAGUUUAAUUCUGAAGCAGCAAGUAAUGAUUUUGAUCAAAAAGGUAUUUCAUCUGGACAGUUAGAUGGUGGGAAGUUUGCAGGAGAUUUUUCACCCACUCAAUUUAGCACCAACCCAUUUAUCUCAUUUAAAGAGGACACAAAGAUGUCAAUUUCUGAGGGUACAGCUUCUGACAAAUCAGCUACACCAGUAGAUGAAGUUGUUGCAGAGGAUACAUAUUCCCACAUAGAAGGCGUUGCUUCAGUUUCCACAGCAUCUGUUGCUACUAAUUCAUUCCAAGAACCAACCACAGAUGAUGUAUCUCCUUCUUUGCAUGCUGAAGUAGGGUCACCUCAUUCCACAGAAGUAGAUGACUCACUUUCUGUAUCUGUUGUUCAAACUCCAACUACAUUCCAUGAAACAGAAAUAUCACCAUCUAGAGAGGAGUGCCCCAGGCCAAUGUCUAUUUCUCCACCAGAUUUCUCCCCCAAAAUAGGAAAACCAUCCGUUCAAUUGCAUGAACAGAGGUCUCCAGAACAGUCCACAAUGGAGUUUAGCCAAGAAUCACCAGAACAAUCUUUUGCAAUGGAUUUUAGCAAGCAGUCUCCAGAACAUCCUGCAGUAAGUUCAAGCAUGCUACAUAUUUCUGAAAAUGGACCAACAGAAGUGGAAUAUAGCCCAUCUGAUCCUCAUGAAUCUUACUUUGGCAAAAAUAUCGCCACUGAUAAUCUGCAGAAAGCAGAAACAUCUAAUGCAGAGGCUUCUCCUUCUACUUCUUCUGCACAUACACCUUCACAAGCUUCAUCCCCUUUGAAGGAAGAGGAAGGGCCACUAACAGAUGUGAUUCAAAAUAUAGAUUUGCCCCUCUACUCCCCACCUAUUCUAGAACAUAUGUACUUCAUGGAAGGAAAAUUAUCCCCUGAAACAGAUGCUUCUCCAUUAACACCAACAACAUCUUCAGUGAAGCAAUCACCUGGUAUUUCCAAUACUUCACCAGUGGAACCUUCCAGAGAUUACCAGUCACCAUCACCACCCUUAAAAGGUUUGCCCGAUGAUUCAUUUACCUUUCACAGUAAAACAUCAAGCUCACCAAAAGAGUCACCCAUUUUGCAUAGUACAAACCCAUUUGUCUGUGCAGCAGACCUAGAUGAAGGGGAAAAAUACCAUAGUGUAUGUGGUUCUUACAACUAUACGGGUGAAACUAAUGAUAGAUAUUCUGUAACAGACAAGCAUUCAUUUGCAGAAGCCCGUCAAGAUGUUGACCUCUGCCUAGUCUCUGCUUGUGAAUAUAAGCAUCCUAAAACAGAACUUUCCCCUUCUUUUAUUAACCCAAAUCCCUUAGAGUGGUUUGCAAGUGAAGAUCAUGCUCAAGAACAGGAAAAGCCAUUAGCUCAACUUGGAGGUGGACAGCCACCAUCAGGUGGAAAACAGAAAUCACGCCAAUGUGAUGAAACUCCUCCAACAUCAGUGAGUGAAUCUGCCCCAUCUCAAACAGAUUCUGAUGUCCCACCCGAGACUGAAGAAUGCCCUUCUAUAACAGCAGAUGCAAAUAUAGACUCAGAAGAUGAAUCAGAGACCAUUCCCACUGAUAAAACAGUAACAUAUAAACACAUGGAUCCUCCUCCUCUUCCAGUGCAGGAUCCAAGCCCAUCCCCACGCCACCCUGAUGUAUGCAUGAUGGAUCCAGAAGCUUUGCCUGUUGAACAGAGUUUGAGUAAGCCAUUGAAGAAGGACAUAAAAGAGAAGGCAAAAACCAAAAAAGUAGGAACCAAGACCAAAUCAUCUUCCCCUGCCAGAAAAAGUGAAAUGAAGUCAAAGCUUUCAGCUGCAUCACCAAAACCGGGACCAAUUAAGGAAACAUUGGAGAAGGGUUCAAAGACUGUUUCUCCAAAAAAGAAAGAUUCUGUUGAGAAAGGACCAAAGGGAAGCUUGAAUCAAGAUAUAAAAUCCUCAAAGACUGAAGAGAAAGACAAAGAGACAAAGAAUGCCACAAAUACAUCUGCAACAAAAUCUGCAAAAACUGCCAACACAGGAAGUAGCACCAGCAAAACGUCUAAGUCGGCGGCUGUGCCCCCAGGACCACCUGUAUAUCUGGAUCUGGUGUAUGUACCAAAUCACAGCAACAACAAAAACAUAGAUGUGGAGUUUUUCAAAAGAGUUCGAUCUUCAUAUUAUGUGGUAAGCGGCAACGAUCCUGCAGCUGGAGAACCGAGCCGGGCUGUCCUGGAUUCUCUACUCGAAGGCAAAGCCCAGUGGGGAAACAAUAUGCAGGUCACUUUAAUCCCUACUCAUGAUUCCGAAGUGAUGAGGGAAUGGUAUCAGGAGACUCAUGAAAAACAGCAAGACCUCAACAUUAUGGUUUUGGCAAGCAGCAGUACGGUUGUUAUGCAAGAUGAAUCUUUCCCCGCAUGUAAGAUUGAACUGUGAAUAGGCCACUAGACUCUUCAUCGCAUUACACAACUGAUUUCCACAAACCUCACCUAGAGAUUACAAAUGUCUUAUUAAUCUGCAGAACUAUAUUUAUGCCCAGUGCUGUCCAUGCUGACACGGAUGACUGUAAUAUCACCACUCAUCUCAAUGGCAAACUGCAAUGCUUCCUACACAGGGUUCAAAUCACUGCAAGGUCACUUAUCCAGGUAUAAAAUACAGGUCUGUAAAACUGCUCUUGAACAGUAUAUUUUCUUUAAGCCCAAAAUAAAAACUUCCUUCAGGACAGAAAGUAAAUGAGGAAAAAGAAGAGAAAAGAAGGCUUAAACACUGGACUUGGUGUCAAUACUAGUACAAGUUAAAUGUCAUUUCUCUUUUGAUACCCAUAAGAGUUGUCUAUCCUGCAGUUUAAUGGGUGAAAUCAUGGCAGCGUUUUGGUUUCUCAUGCAUGACAGCCUUUGUCCAAAAAGCCUUUUGUUACCAAAUAUGUUGUAAAGAUCUAUUGUAACUGUUCCAGGUUGACUGUGCAUCCUGCAAUCUAUAAAACACACCAACCCUGGCUUGAUGGAGAAUCACACUUUUAGAAUGACCAUAAACUGUAAUGCUAAUGUUAGGAAUGCAGCUGUAAACAACCAAUCCCUGAAGACAAAUCCAGAUGCAAACGGUCUUGUUACUUUACUCAUUCAGCCAGUUCUAAAAAACACUCAAAGCUUUCGUUCGGCACCCUCGAUUUUGCAGUGCAAAAAAACCAAAGCAUUCGGAAGUACAUGCGUUGAACAAUUUGCCUUAGAAAGUGACUUGAAUGUAUAAAGAUACUCGAUGCACUUAUUUUUAAUGUUUGACGGCAAGUGUACAAAACAUGUGUGCAUGCAUGGGAGAUUGGACGGGUUUAUCUGAUGGGGAAACAGCAGGUUUGAGAGCUGAUGGAGGUUGUGCCAAGACUUUACUGAGGGGCAAUGAUUUUUAUUGAUCAUAUAUUAAUCUUCCUCUUAAUGCGUUAUUUGUUGGUUUUACAAGAUGUAGGAACAAAUGUACAGUUCUUUUUUUAAUCAAUGUAGGUACUUUUCUGUAAGUUUUUGGGUUUCAAGCAAAUACCUUCUUUUUUUAAAUUGCUAUGUUUCAGCCACUCUGUGAUUGUUGAUGAAUGUCUCUUGCUGGACAUCACAUUGCGAUAAGGAAUAUGAAAGUGAGUGCUUGUGUUUUUUAAGAGCUUGUAGGGGAGUAAAUACCAGGUAGAACACUGGCCAGAAUGAUUUCACGUUAAAUGAAUUCAGUGAAUCUAUGGUUGCACUUUUUCCUGGGGCCCAACCAGGCCCAUAACACAGAGACAGAGCAAGAGUGCUUUCUGGUGGGCCUGGUGGUGAUCCAGAUAGAUAGAUUGGGCCCUUAAACAUAUAAUUAAGCCACUGAUACAUAAACAUUGCAUGGUACCAGAAUAGACUGCAGGGCAAUACAGAAUUGAUGUAGAAUCAGAGGAAUAAAGCUUUCUGGGUACAUAUAGCAGUAAAUAUACUGCCAUUAUAAAGCGCAUGGGAUUUAGAACGCAGCCUAUUAUUUGUGAUCUUUCUUAAUUAAUGCAUUAUAUUUAUUUCUGGAGUUUACACUACUUUAAAUACAAUUUUUUUGCACUGAAUGUCAGCGAAGUUAGGUAUUUCUUUGGACUUGUCUGGUCCAUUUAAUGCAGUGAAUGAUGGCACUUUUUAAUAAUACAUGUGAUCCACAUGAACCAUUUUGUGUAUAAGCAAUGAUAUUUAUUGCUUUGGUAUUUAUGUAAAGUUGCAAGCGUUAUUUUGAGUCAACUGCCACAUGGCUAUACCCAGUAGCAGCACUUUGCUGCCCAUGUGGCAGUGUUUAAUUGCUAAGGCUAUUUGGCAUAAUUUUUAUUAAAUCUGAUCCCCAUUUUGGGCUGCAGAAAAGGGAUUCUGUGCCUUGUUAUGUCUGUGCCAGUCCAAAACUGGAAUAUAUCACAUGCAUUGUGGGCAUGGCUUAUAAAAAAAGCAUGCAUAACGCAUACCUUAUUUAUACAUGUGCCCUGCCAAGUUAAGCUGAUAUUUUAUGUUUGUUCUUAUUCUGUAUUUCAUUUAAACUUUUGUUUUUAUUGUAUUUGUAUAUGUGGCAUCUAUUUGUAGACUCAUAUACUCAUAUUCCUACUAUCAUGGGUAUAUAAUCACGCUGCUGCUAUAUCCAGAGCGCUUUUAUCUUGUCCCCUGCACACUACCAAUUGCGUUUUAUGAACAAAAUACAUUACUGAAUUAAAUCACUACAGAAAUAGUUUUGUCUUCCCUUGAAUAGACUGUAAAGGGAAUAUUUUAUUGUGUGCCUAUAACUCUCCUUCUCUGAAUAUGUGUUCUACUACACAUAUAGCAGCUGCAAUCUUGACUACCUUACAAGGCAAACUGGAUGGCAUGUUUUACAUAAAGGGAAUAUUUAUUGCUCACAGUAAAGUAAACCCUUGCAUUUUAUUUAUAGGAACAUGAUGCAAAAGAAUCUCUACUUAUUAAUAUUUUUUUGAAUAUUGUUUGAGUUUUGCCCUUUCAAACAAUAUAAUAAAGGAGGAAUAUUUUAAGUGUUAUCACAUCUAGCUUCCUUAACUCGACCAUGGAUUGGACCUGACAAAGGCAACCAAUGCCUCCUCAAAUAUUGGUAAACUACAAGCCUCGGGCUAUUGGGGUGCUGAAAGCUUUAAGUCAUCAUCUUUUUGGAGGUCUAUGGGGUUCCCACCCCUGUAUUAGACCUUUGCUAUGUAAAGUACUAUAUAAAGGAUGACUUGGACAUUACAUUGGGAAACGAGAAGUGAUUGCCUUAGCUCUGAUUGAUAAAACAAUGCCAUGAAGACUAAUGUAAUAACAGGUGCUCCAGUCUAAUAAUCCAUAGCAACCAGUCAGAUAUUAGAUUCCAAAUAGCAGGCCAGUAAAUGUUACUUUCUGAUUGGGGGCUAUGGUAUACUAGAACUGGUAGGCAGGGUAAUAUUACCAUAUUAAUGAGGAGUGAGCAUGAUUAGGAAAGUAUUUCACUUGUUGUGGUCUAAAUGGCAACACGACUUUGCUUUUACAAAAUGUGCCAACUCUCUCCAGACUUGGUGCAAGAGUAAACAUAGAAAACAUUGUUAGAUCAAAUACUAGAACACUCCCGGUGGAAUGAUUCUUCCACUCCCAUAUAUUUCUGAAUUUCUAGGAAUACUGAUGGUAUUUGUAGCUGGUUGGGCAUUAUUUCCAGAUAAAGAUGUAGAACUGUGCCACUUAAAGGGGAAUUUAUCAGCACAGAGGGAAUUCUUUAUGGAUGAAGGAAAAGUGGGCUCUGGUGUUAAUGAUACAUUUUUUACAUGAAAUAUCACAAUAGCUUCAUGUGAUCUAAUCAUGGAUAUGGAAUGACUGAUACAGUCUGUAAGAGGUCUCUACAUAUGGCCAACUUGUCCCUCUCCAGAUCCCAACAACUUCACAAGCUACUGCAAGUGUGAGACAAGUUGUAGACCAUUAACAGCUGUCCCUACAUAAGAGAUAAUGUAUUCCCUAUUGUAAAAUAAAAGGAUAUAAGAAAUCACUUUAAUGUUUCCUGGUCAUAAAGAAGGAUGAAGCCGUAGUCCCUUUUCUAUAGGUCAUGGAUUUCAAAGGAUCUCCAAUAUCCUCAUAUUACAGUAGGCGCUAUAUUGUUUUGGUGUAUUAUAUAACAUCAGGAUUAAGCAGCUUCAUACUGUGUAUUCAAAAUACACAAAAUCCCAGAGGUCCAGUGCAGUAGGUAGAGGGUGGUCCAAGAACUCAAACUCACUGGUCUCAAAACAUUGUCAUCUCCAAUGCCAAACCAUCCUAGAGAAGCUAAAUUGCUUAGCUCAUAGUAUGGCUGGAGGAGCUUGGAUUUGACAUCCCAGAUUGAUUUAUUCAAAUAAUCUUCUGUAGUGUAGCUGUGCUGAGCUCAGUAAUUAUAGAAACAACCAAGAAUGCUGAAUUACAGUUCCCAGCACCACAAAGCUGGCAGAUGAUAAUGGGACUUGAAGGUUAUCAGUAACUGGAGGGCCAUAAGUUGGACAUAUGUAUUGAAUAGGUCUUCAUUUAUAAGAAAUAGACAUUGAAAAGAAAUAAAAUUGUAGGCCAAACGAACAUGGCCUUUUUCACAUCUUAAUAUUUGAAAGGCUGUUUUUUUUUCUAUUUGAAAUACCAUCGGCUCUGCCUUAGGUACAUGCCAAAUAUUACACACAUCCGGAUCUGCUGAGAAAGCAAAAGGAUCAGGCCUUAGAGAAGGAAAAUAAAUCACGGAUUUCCAUCUUUUUUCUAAUCCUACCAGCCUAAUAAAAUACAAAAAGGAAAAAUGGAAAAACUCAUUUCAUGGACUCUAUUAUACAUUUAUUUCACGGUCUUGGGUCUCUGCUAUCUGGAUAAGUGUUCGGACAGAAGGAAAUCACAAUACAAAGGAAGGAAAAAGGAAUUCCUAAAGCUUCUCUGCACUAAUAUAGCUUCAGGCUCACAGGAAACGCUAAGGAGCAACAAGUAACAUUCCCUCGAGACUGGGCUGUGUUACUCAAGGAACCAAUAGCAGCUAAGAACUAUUGCUUUAACACUUAUGCAUGCAGCCGUCUGCCUUCCACUCGUUGGAAAGACCCAGUCUGGUGGCUGGCGGGAAGCUCCUCACAUUCCUCUCUUGUUCUGAAUGGUGUUAGUGUCAGUCUGCAGCUGUGUAUGGUAUUAUGUCUUAUAAUCUCGCAUCACCUCUAUCCUAUCAAUUCAUAUCUAAUGUAGACCAUUAGUUUCCAGUGAAGUAAAUAUGUAGUGCUUUUAUGAUAUUUGUGUGCAAUACCCCACUUCCACUGAGGAUAUUUGAUGUAAAAGAAACAAACUCAAUUCCACAAUAAAAGAGGAACAAAUGUAGAAAUA